AUGACGUUCUUUGACAGAAUAUUAUUGUUGUUGACCUUUGCCACCCUUACAAUUACGAGCUGGACUCAAGCUGCCGCCAUCGGCAACAAAUAUGCCGUCGCAAACACGAAAAGAGUCACGAUCGAAGGCGAAGGCAUAGUAGUCCAGCCUCUUACCGGAGGCCAAACAGCCGAAGUUGGUCCAGGCGGCAAAAAUAUCACGACGACAACGCCCACCGAGGAACCUACGUCACAAACCAUCAAUUUGGGAGGAAUACCCGUGCAGGUCUCGGGCGAGGACAUCACCUUGAACGGCAAGCCGCUUGAGACGGGACCGAAAAACACAACAGAGUCUGAGGAUACUCUAGAAGUGGCCGGAAGUGAUAUAGUCGUGAAUGGAAAGCCGCUUGAUGAACCGGGGACAGGGAAUACGACCGAUCCGGGGCUGACCAUCACGAUCGGGAGCUAA